AUGCGCGACAGCAUCUUCUUCCGCAUUCUUGCACCUCCCGAGUCGCGGAGCUUCUUGGCCCGGCGUGACGGCAAGAUUCGCAGCGCGGUCAUGACGAGCUGCCUCGCCAGGCUGGCGUGGGGGCCCAAGGCUGCCGUCGUGAGCCCGCGCGGGACGAAGAAGCAUAGCCGCGCGUUCGUUCUCUCGUCAAAGACGCCGUAA